AUGGAUCAAUUGAACUCCGACCCGCUGUUUCAAUCUAUUCAAGCCCCGAAUAAUUUCCGGCCCCAGCCUGAUUUGCUUGUUCCCUCCAGUCGAUCGCAGCCCGAUAGUAGGUUUGAGGCAGAAGUCAAGGACUCUACUGCAGCAAGAAAAGUCCAAAAAGCCGACCGUGAAAAAUUGAGGAGAGAUCGUCUGAAUGAACAAUUCACAGAGUUGGGGAAUGCCCUUGAUCCAGAUAGGCCUAAAAAUGACAAAGUAUCCAUUCUUACUGAUACAAUUCAAAUGCUGAAAGACUUGACUGCUCAGGUUAACAGACUAAAAGCUGAAUAUUCAACGCUUACUGAAGAAUCUCGCGAGUUGACUCAGGAGAAGAAUGAUCUAAGAGAAGAAAAAGCAUCUCUUAAGUCUGAUAUUGAGAGUCUUAAUGCCCAAUAUCAACAGAGAUUGCAGUCCAUGUACCCAUGGCUCGGGAUGGAUCAUUCCGUUGUCAUGCACCCACCUUCUUAUCCUUUUCCAAUGCCAAUGCCAAUGCCCAUACCCACAGGACCAAUUCCCAUGCAUCCAUCCGUGCAGCCAUACCCCUACUAUGGGAAUCAAAAUCCCACGACUUUUGUUCCAUAUGUGGCCCAUAAUACCAUGAUGGAGCAGCAAUCAACACAUGUAUCUCGAGUUGCACAGCCAGGUAAUAGGUCCCAUGUUUCGAGCAAACAAGAUUCCAGGAAUAAGUCAUCAGAUGGGGAGAGUAGUAUAGAAAAAAGUGAUGAUUCCAAUGACGUUGCAACUGAUCUAGAGCUUAAGACACCUGGAUCUACGUCAGACCUAGAUUCCUCGUCGAAACAAAGAAAAUCAAAAAAAUUGCCUAGGAAGGAAAACAGCCACACUGAUGGAAGUUCUUCAAAGCGAUUGCUGACCAAAGAAAGAGGGGAUAACCAGAAAGCUGAAAAUUUUGUUCUGGGUACUUCCUGGCGUUCCGAUGGGUGGGUGUGA